AGAGAUGGCCUGAGCUCAGCCUUAAGGAAGGGGUCAGGAGGAGGGUUCCUGAGUGUCUGCUACCCAAGCUAAUUAAAGAGCCGUUUACAGUGUUCCCUGAUUCCAAAACGGACAGAGGGGGAAGGGCAACGAGGAAAGGGUGAGAAAAGUCUCUGGCAGCCUGAUUAUAAACAUCCCAAGUAACUUUUCGACUUCCCGUUCUUUAGGUUCAACACUAGUGACUUUCCUUCCCUGGGACUGGCUGCGGUUACCCUGGUGAGCACCGGAGGGCACCACGUGGGCUUCUUUAAGAGGGCGCCGUGACCCUUGCACCGGCGGGGCACGGGAGAUCGGGGCGGCCCGGUUAAUGAAAAACUAUUAUAAAUGGCGAGCAGAAUGCCCAGAAUUAAGUGCAGAUCUACGCCCUAGAAGUAUCCUUGGACUUCUGAAAGCUGGCUACCAUGGCGUGCUCAGGUCCCGGGAUUCUACUGGCAGUAGAGUUCUCAUUUACAGAAUUGCAUACUGGGACCCAAAAGUUUUUACAGCUUAUGAUGUAUUUCGUGUAAGUCUGAUCACAUCAGAGCUCAUUGUACAGGAGGUGGAAACUCAACGCAAUGGAGUUAAAGCUAUAUUUGACCUGGAAGGCUGGCAGGUUUCUCAUGCUUUCCAAAUUACCCCAUCUGUAGCCAAGAAGAUUGCUGCUGUACUUACAGAUUCCUUUCCACUGAAAGUUCGUGGGAUCCAUUUGAUAAAUGAGCCAGUCAUUUUCCAUGCUGUCUUCUCCAUGAUUAAACCAUUUCUGACUGAAAAGAUUAAGGACCGGAUUCAUCUGCACGGGAACAACUACAAAUCAAGCAUGCUUCAGCACUUCCCAGACAUUCUUCCUCGGGAAUAUGGCGGUAAAGAGUUCUCCAUGGAGGAUAUUUGUCAGGAGUGGACAAAUUUUAUAAUGAAGUCUGAAGAUUAUCUCAGCAGCAUUUCUGAGACCAUCCAAUGAGAAGUUAUUUCCUGCAAAUGACUUCAUUUAAAAUUCAAGGAUGGGAUCCUAUCUGGUUUCUAAACUAAAGGGCAAACCUUCUAAACUAAUUGAUGCUUAUUUGAUCUUAAAACAUGCAACAUGGAUAUUUGGGGAAUGUUUUAACUUCUACAAUGCUGCUCCUUUUAAAUUAAUUAAAUGUUAGGAAAGAAGAUAUUCCUGUUUGAACUUGAAGAGCAAACAUAGCUACAUGUAAAGCAGCUGUUCCAGUGUGUCUCUGUAUGGUUCAGGAAAUUUUAUCUUAAACAAAACGUUAUGAUCACACUGUUUAAUACUAGAUUGAUGGCUACCUACUGGAAAGAAAUACUGUAUGUAUCAACUGAUGGUGAAACAAUAUCGAUGCUCAGAUAAGGUUGGCGUCAGCAUAUAAAUCAGACUGUCCUGAAUACAAUCUCAUCUCAGGACAGUUCAUCUCAGGUAAAUCCUACUCUAGCAAAUGCACAAUAGAAGCCUGUGAAUGUAAGUCUACACACACGAUAAUGUUGUCAUCAGUGAAAUCACAAUAGAAGCCCUUGAAUGUAAGUCUGCACACACACUAUUGUUGUCAUCAGUGAAAUCACUAUGUUUGAUAAAAAUGAUCUAAAACUUAGGACAUUUUUCUGGGGACAGUUGAGAGGUUUCUCACACUGUUUUGUAUUUUCAAAUAAGAAUAUAAGUAUGGCUUCUGUUUAUAGACAGGGAAGUAGAGGAAUAUGUCUUUUACAUUGACAUUUAUACUUGAAAACUUAACACAACUACAUCAAUGAAGGGUGCUUACAUUUUAAACCAUCAGCAAUUAUACUCUAGUAUUUUUCAAAUAUUCAUAAAAUGCUUUCAUUUUAUUCUGAGAUAAUCUACUAUUAUUUCAGAAUAUUCUGAGUCCCACGAUUUAAUUUAAACAGUCAGUAGCUGGGAUGUGCUGUCUCUAACACAGUGUGGUUCAUUUCUAAGACUUCCAUUCAUUGAGAAAGAUGUAAUCUUAUCCCAUAUUCAGCACAGCCUUCAACUUCUGGCAUAAUGUUUAUACUUAAUGUUUAUAAUUAAUUUUAUUUUAAACUGGAAAGAACACAAGUAGAGAACUUAUUGAAUUUGUGUUCAAGUAGUUCAAUUUCUACAUUAAUUACACUAGAGUAACUUUGUACAAGGAUCUUUUUCAUUGCACAAGGGUGUUUUUCUUUAUAAGAAAAUAAGUCUAAUCAGAUGAGCUGAUACUUACGAUUCUCAGUACAUAUACCUCUGACAAAAGUGAAAGGAGGGCCAGAUGUUCUUUAGAGAACGUGUUUAAUUUUCACUUAGCAACUAGACGCUACCUUUACUAUUUAAUUUUACUAAAAAAAUCUUGCCUUUUUCUUUAAAAAAGCCUUCGUUACUAAAUUAUGAAAUUGAAAUUGUAUACAUAAGAAUAAUAAAAAUCAGUUAAAGAAAUGAACAGUAACAAAACACCUCUGGCUUAUCAACCUUUUAUGAUAGAAGGAAACUCAGAUGUCACUUUAUUUAUAGAGAGCUAUUAAGUCACGUGCCAUGACUCUGUGAAGGAAUGGCACAUUACAAUAAAGGCUAAUGUUUUGAAUGUGUAUACUAGUAAAGCAAUUAACAGUAACCUGAAUUUAAAUGUCAGUCGAUGGAAGUACAGCCUAUGACAGGGCUUUGAAAACGUUUCUACAGUGAAGCAGUUCUACAGAGAACACUAAUGAGCAAUGUGUAAACUGUUUGGAAGGUGCUGGUGAAUAACUGGAACUUUCCACAUGGCUUCACCACACUUGUGCCAGAAACAUAUUCUGAAAGUUGAGCUCCAUAGGUGCUCACCGUGCUGCUGAAUUUCACAAUAAUUUGCUUUACUAUUGUUAAAAAUAAACAUCUUUCCUCACAAACCAUGGUGUUUAUAUUUUUCUAAAAUGGAAAGGAAGCAUUCUUUUCAGAAAAGAGAAAUGUUUUUUUCUUUCAGAAAAAUGCAGUAAAAACAUAUUAUCCAUUAUCCGAAUGCAGUAAAAACAUCUUAGCCGUUAUCCGAAUGUUGGUUCUGUUGUUUAGGUGCAGGUGCUUUCCCUGUUGUUCUGCUUCCUUCAGUGUCUUUGCUAGAUCAAGUGCAGACGCUGCACACAAUCUCUAGUUCCUCUAGUUCUGGAUUUGAGAAAUCUGUCUUUGGAAUUCAUGUUCAGUUUUACUUGGAUAGUAAAAUUAUCCCGAAAAAUUAAAAUCUAUUAAAGAAACACACAUUAUCUGA